AUGUCGCUCACAGGAGAUGCAUUGGAGGCGGCUGUAAGGAGGCUGCUACGCGAGUUCGGCAAUCAGUUGGAUAGGGAGGUGCUGGAGAGCGUGCUUGAGAUAUGUGGGGGCGACGUAGACCAGACCGUGGCCUUCCUACGCGUACAAAAUGACACGGACUACGUGGACCCAGGCCCACAACAGAAGGAGAGCAUUCCCAAGGACUACAUGGACAAGCCGCCCGGCUAUGCUGCCCCCAAGGCUGGCGAGGGCGACACAUCGAGCGCCGCGCUGCGGCUGAAGAAGGUGCUCCUGUCGGGCGAGGCCGGGUUCGAGGACCAUCUCACCGCUGUCGACAAGGUCUUCCCCGAAUACACCGCCGUACUGCUCAUGCUCCUCCACAAGAACGUGGAGCUGAGCACGGUCACGAAGUCGCGCGUGCUGGCGGCGUGCUGGCAGCUGCGCAAGCACGAGCUGGCGGACCACCUGGUCUCCCUCGAGAACCACUUCAACAUACCCGAGGUCCUCAAGGCCCUCAAGAUCUUGGAUGGUCCGAGGCGUCUGCGAGCGCUGGAGAAGAAGAUCGCGCGGUUGGAGAAGCAGGCCACGGCCAAGCCCAAGACGCUGGGCCUCCUGCGCGCCAAGAUCAACGACCUCAAGAAGGACGUACCCGGCGUCGAGACACAGCUGACGUCGGUCAGCGGCGCGCUGGCCAAGCGAGUGAAGAAGUGGACGCUCUCGCUGUCGAAGGAGAACCUCGACUUCUACGCCCUGCAGCUCCCCAAGGAGCCUUGGCAGGAGCUGGCGGACCUGGUCCACUUGCACCCGAGCGACUUCCAGCUGCCGUGGUUCCUCUCGUUCGUGUUCGGCCACCCGGCGCCGGAGGACUCGCUGGUGGUGCAGGCCCAGAAGCUCACGCCCGAGAACGCCGAGGAGCUGGUCACCCAGUACAAGUUCCCCUACAGCUUCCUCCGCAAGAACCUCCCCGACAUGUCCCUCAAGGUCAAGGCCCAAGUGGCCCUCUACGAGAAACUGGACACGCUGGUGUGGUACUACGAGGAGCUGAGCUCGAACGAGGUGGACGCCAUCAUCGCGCAGCGGAUCGACGCCGGCGAGGAGCCCAACUUCUCCUAUGGUAAGCUCAUGGAGCGCCUGCUGUACUUCAAGAUGAACGGCAUCGCCUUCUACCACAAGCUCGUCCCCGUCGCACAGAAGAGGCUGAAGGACAUCUUCCUCCCGCUGGAGCCUCCGGUGGUGGUCAUGGGCGACGCCUCCUACUCCAUGGACAUCGCGAUCCGUACGGCGACGAUCAUCGGUUCGCUUCUGGCGGCGCUCACCAAGGCCGACCUGCUCUUCUUCAACGUCAAGUCGUUCACGCCCAAGACCAUGCCCCGCACGAUCGAGGACGUGCUCGAGUGCGCCACCUCCACGCCCGCCGACGGCCUCACCGCCCCCGCCUGUGCGUUGUGGGACUACUACCAGAAGAAGACGGUCGUCAAGUUCUUCAUCGCCGUAACCGACGAAAUCGAGAACGAGAAGAGCAAGGGCGAGUACUUUGCACAGCUGUUCUAUAAGUACUACACGGAGGUCUAUCCCGCCAAGAUUGUCUUCGUCAGCUUCCUCGAGAACCCGGGCGAGAAGGGUCGGAUGGUGAAGUCGCUGGAGAACCUGGGCAUCGUGCCGCUCCAGUUCCGGCUCGACUCGCACAGGCCCGACCUCACCAAGGUCGACACCCUGCUGGGCCUGCUCGCCUCCGAGUGCAGCUUCUUCCCGGUUCAGGUCGACGCCGUGGCCCAGGCCCUGCGCCGCAGCGAGUGCCGGCUGGCCGCGGCGCUUGAGCAGAUGAAGGACCUGCCCUUCCCCGACCAGCCGCUGGGCAAGCAGGGCGGCGAAGACGAGGAGGAGGAGGGCAAGGGCAAGCAGAAGGCCAAGGCGCACGACGACAACGAGCCGCCAGAGGAGUUCCUGUGCCCCAUCACCCAGGAGCUCAUGAAGGACCCCGUCGUCGCCAGCGAUGGCCACACCUAUGAGAAGCUUGCGAUCGAGGAGUGGAUCCAGAAGAAGGCUGUGUCGCCGAUGACCAACGGCGCGCUGGAGGGCAAGCUCUACCCCAACUUCUCCCUCAAGUCCCGCAUUGCCGAGUGGAAGCAGACCCACAACGCCGAGUGA